AUGUUUACUGCUUUCGUCUCAUCAGAAACCGUACGACGUCUCAAGAAGUUCUCUAUGCUGCUUCUCAUCGUGUUGACAUCGCAGCUGUUCUAUGUUCAAGCUGCUAAAUGUUGUGGAACCAAUGAGGAAUUCAAAGAAUGUGGAACUGCCUGCGAGCCAUCGUGCAACAAUACCAAACCGCAAGUGUGUACUGAACAGUGCAUUGUCAAUGUCUGUCAAUGCAAGGCGGGAUUCUUCAGAAACUCGCAGAACCAAUGCGUAGACAGCUGUUACGGAGAACCAUGCGGAGAGAAUGAAGAACGCCUCAAUUUUUCAUCCGUCUGCGAACCGACAUGUGCCGACCGGAAUCCUAUCUGCAUUUUGAUCGCAGUAGCGAAUGUCUGCCGCUGUGUGAAAGGCUACAUUCGACAGUACGCGAAUGGACCAUGUAUCCCUGCACGCGAGUGUCCUCCAGACACAUGCGAUACGAAGCAAUGCCCACCAGGCACUGUUUGUCAACAAGAUGUUGUCUCGUGCAAGAAACCUCCGUGUCCAGCUUCGCCCCCGAAAUGUGUUCCAGCCCAGUCUUGCCGUAACAUUCGAUGCAGACCGGGCUAUAUCUGCCGAAUGAUAGUUCCACCAUGUCUUCCGGAUAUCAAAUGUCCUCCACCAUUUCCUGAAUGUGUUCCUAUUCGUUCGUCUGAUCCUGCAGCUUGA